AUGAGAAGAGAGAUCAUCCCCCACCUCCGCCCCCUCCUCAGCCUAAAUACACCCAUGAUCCGCCUGAGGAAGAGCCAAAGAAAGGAUGAGCCCAAGAAGGACGAGCCCGCCAAGUGCCAUGACGCCUACGGAAAGGAGGUGAAGUGUGAGGAGAAGAAGGUCCCCAAGUAUCCUACUGAAGACAAGGACAAGAAGUGUUACGAUGCACAUGGCAAGGAGGUGAAGUGCGACGAGAAUGAGAAAGACGACAAGGAAAAGGAGAAGGAGAAGGAGAAGGAGAAGGAGAAGGAGAAGGAGAAGGAGAAGGAGAAGGAGAAGGAGAAGGAGAAGGAGAAGGAGAAGGAGAAGUAUCCUAUCAACGAUGACAAGAAGGACCAAGACAAGAAAGAUAAAGACAAGAAAGACUGGGCGAAGAAGAAAGAAGAGGAGCGAAAGAAGAAAGAAGAUGAAGAUCAAAAGAAGAAAGAAGAGGCCGAUCGCUACAAGCCCCACCCGCAGCCAGCACCAGCACUCAAGCCUGAAAAGCAACCUCCCAAGCAUGAGAGUGAAGGGUACAAGCCAUCGCCGCCUGCCGAACAGCCAAAGAAAGAAGAAACAGCCUCUAAGCCUGAGGUCAAGAAGCACACCUUUGAUGAGGAGGUCACUCUCAAAUGUGAGGGCGGCCAUAUCGUCAUUACCGGCAAGGCGUACUACGGUUGUUUGCUUCGAACUCCCCUGGGCACUAUUCACUUUAUCUCAUUGGACAUAUCUCGCCCAUGGUGGCUUGAGGCGUGA